AUUUGUAUUAAAUAUAUUUUAACCCGCCAUAUCAUACUAUAAUCUUUCUUACAUAAUAUUUUAAUUAUUAUUACUUUGGUUGUAUUUUAAUUUAUUGUAUGUUAAAUUGAGGAGAUGUUAAAUUCCGUAUAUCCUACAAAAAAGAAUAUCCGUCUCCCUCCGGAAGUUAGUAGAAUUCUUUAUUUAAGGAACCUUCCAUAUAAAAUAACAUCUGAAGAGUUAUAUGAUAUCUUUGGGAAAUACGGCUCCGUUCGCCAAAUCAGGAAGGGUAACAGUGCUACAACGAAGGGUACAGCGUUUGUAGUUUACGAUGAUAUAUUUGAUGCUAAAAAUGCCCUAGACCAUUUAUCAGGAUUUAACGUUGCCGGGAGGUAUUUGGUAGUUUUAUAUUAUAAUCCGGCAAAAGCAAAUAAGAGAAAGGAUUUGGAUAAACAGGAAGCUGACUUAAGAAAAAUAAGAACAGCAAUGAACCAAAAUAACUAAAUUUUAUCGCAGCUAAUAUAAUUUAAUUUAUCAUUUUUA